AUGACAAAUCCUUUACAAUCCCAGCGUCAAAUCAUCACUCAAAUCACGAAUGGUCUUGCGGAUCUAGACCCCGCGGAUAGAAAUGACCCCGCGCGCCUCGCUCUGCGCCGCAAGCUGCUCCUUACGCUCCACGUAUUGUUUCCGACGCAAUUGCUACCAGCGCUCGAUCUUCUAGACCGCGGCCUCUUGACGAAGAUUUCUCUGCGACGUGAUGAUGCCGAAAAGACGAAAAUGAUCUCUCCGCAGGCGUACAUCGUCAAGUCGGCCGUCGUGAAGCCGCGAUACGCAAAGAGUACCAAUACGCAGUCCCAGACAACAUAUCUCGUGCAGCUGCACGCGUGGAAUUGCUCCUGCGCUGGCUUUGCCUACGAGGCGUAUGGUAUGGACGCAGAGACGGCUCUGGAAACGGACCGAGUUGCUGCGGCGGAUGCAGAGGCAGUGUUUGGCGGCGUCUCAUCAGUGAGCAUAGCAUCUUCUGGAGAGAUACUGCCAUGCUGCAAGCAUCUCUUGGCUUGCUUGCUAGCUGAAAAGUGGCAGAAAGUGUUGGUGAACAAUGUUGAGGAGCGAACCUGUGCUAGAGAAGAAUACGCUACGUUUAUAGCAUGUAUAUAG